AUGGAUCUUGUUUAUGGACGAAUUGUGAAUGGAGUCCCAACAAAUGUGAUAACCUCACAGUCCUCGAAAAACAUUGGUGUACGCCCUAUGUUGGUUCCACAAUGGGGUGGUUCACAACAAAGGGUGUCCAGCAUCGUGCAACUGCGGCAGUCGAGAUUGAACAAAGCACUCCCCCUUGUCCAUGAAGACAAGGAAGGAGGACCACAAAUUUCCCUGCCUCAAAGCAACUACAGUGAGCUUAUCUCCACCCUACCCGCAAGAAAUGAUUGGAAAUUCAUGCCUCUUCACCAAUACCAAGGCUUUUGGUACUUCACUGUUUAUCUAGAGGCAUUGUUAGCUGCUCAAGAAAAAUUUCAAGCUCAACCUGAUGAUCUUGUCUUAUGUACUUAUCCUAAAACCGGCACAACUUGGCUUAAGGCCUUAGCUUUUGCAAUUACUACACGUUCUCGUUAUAGCAUUAGCGAAAGCCCUUUGUUGACAUCUACACCACACGAUUGUGUUCCUUUUCUGGAAGUUGAAAUUGGUACAAAAAAAGCUUGUAUUCGUGAUCCAGAAAAUCCACUUGUAGCUACACAUAUUCCUUAUGGUUCCCUGCCAACUUCUAUAACAGCAUUGGGAUGUAAAAUGGUGUAUUUUUGCAGGGAUCCUAAGGAUGUGUUAGUAUCAAUGUGGCAUUUCUUGAGAGCAAGAUUACCUGAAGGAAUCGAUAAAGACGCAUAUUGCAGCAUGGAUGAUUCCUUCGAGUCAUUUUGCGAAGGAAUUGCUUUAAAUGGACCUUAUUGGGAUCAUGUUGCAGGAUAUUGGAAGGCAAGCCAAGAACAUCCUGAAAAGGUCUUAUUCUUGAAGUAUGAAGAUUUGAAGGAGGACACUGUUUCCAAUGUUAGGAAGCUAGCUGACUUUCUUGGAUAUCCUUUUACUCCAGAGGAAGAGAGACAAGGAGUAGUGCAGGAAAUCGUUGAUUUGUGCAGUUUUGAGAAUUUGAAGAAUUUAAAGGCGACCAAAGAUGGUGUUUACAGUUCAGAUUCUCCAUUUAUCAUGAAAAAUAGUCUGUUUUAUCGCAAAGGCAACAGCGGAGAUUGGAAGAAUUAUUUUACCGAAGAAAUGGGUGCUCGUUUGGAUCAAAUCGUUGAACAAAAAUUAAGCGGCUCCGGCUUCUCUUUUCUAUCUAGAUAA